UAUGAUAUUUACUACAAUAUGAGUUCUCUAUAAGGAGUUUCUUUUGGGAAAAGAUUGAUUCUUGAGAAAAAGCAUAAAGAAAGAAGAGAAGAAGAAGAUGGUGAUGGGGAAAAAUGUCUGUAUGUGUGUGGGUGGGUGGGUGUGAGAGAGAGAGAAGGAGAAGAAAGAGUCAAAAGAGGGCCCACAAAAUUUUUGAGAUGAAAUGACCAAAAAACCCUUCCAUUAAGCAUGUGCAUCGCGCGUGCGCCGGAAAAUGAGAAGAUUCGCCGGAAUAUUCCACUUAGGUGGUUAUGUGCGUCAAAAAGUGAGUUUGGGUGUGCCCUUCCAACUUUUGUAAGUUAAGGUGGAAAAGUGCAAAAACGGACAAAGUCCAGGUGGCAAAAUGCUAUUAACCCUUUUUUUUUCCUAACUUUGGUGUAACUAACUUUGACAAACUACGUACGACAGAUGACUGUAGUUGAGGCUUAUGCUGGGAAACAGAAGAUGGAUCCUCCUGAAGACGGUGCUCAAUUAGUUGCAUGCAACAAUUUCCUCUCUUCUAGACGAGGGACUUUCACAGAACACUUCCGGCAGUGUUUUUCUAUCUAAUGUAUUCUUUUCAUCAGUACGAGGGUGCAAUGGAGGUUUCGGGAUCUCCAACUGAAAAAGCUGUCCUUCAAUGGGGUGUUAAGUUAGGAAUGAACGUUGUGAAAUCCGAAUCCAUAGUUCUCCAUGUCUCUCCUUUCAAUUCCACCAAGAAACGAGGGGGUGUUGCAGUAAGAGGAAAGGUAACGAUUCAUUUAUUCGAUGCUUUUAUGAUCAUGUUUAUAGUGGUUCUUCUUCUUUGUAGGUGAAGUAAAAAUAGGUGUUUCAGUUUUGCACAAAAA